AUGGGUAGCGUAUCAGAAGACGCUCCAGUUUAUACGCUCGCUGAAGGCCGUCCAGUACAGGAUCCGACCUCAGCAGUAGUACUACGUGGACCGAAAGUUCGUGGCGGUGGUUUGGCCUUGUUGGAAGAUACCCAGUUGCUUGAGACUUUGGCACAUUUUCCACGAGAACGGAUUCCUGAAAGAGUCGUUCAUGCGAAAGCUGCAGGAGCAUGGGGCGAAUUCGAAUGCACUGCUGACGUGUCGAGUUGGUGCUCAGUCAAUUUCCUUAGCAAACCCGGAAAGAAGACAGAAGCCCUUGCCCGCCUAUCAACAGUGGCUGGUGAACGAGGUUCAUCUGACACUCUUCGCGACAUUCGUGGAUUUGCUCUAAAGCUCAAGACCGAUGAAGGCAACUGGGAUUUCGUAGGUAACGAUUUACCAGUCUUCUUCAUCCGUGACCCUACAAAGUUUCCCAGCUUGAAUCGCUCGCAUAAGCGACAUCCACAGACUGGUGUUGCUGACUCGUCUAUGUUCUGGGACUUUCACAACAAUCAUCAAGAAGGCGCACAUUGUCUUAUGCAGCUAUUCGGGUCGCGAGGAGUGCCAGCGUCGUUGCGUAAUGUCAAUGGCUUUGGCAAUCACACCUUCAAAUUUGGAAAGCCAGAAGAUGGCACAUUCAAAUACGUCAAGAUUCACUUUAAGCCCGACGAUGGCAUCAAGACUCUCACCCAAGAAGAUGCCGUUCGUCUGGCAGGUGAAGAACCGGACUACCAUAUCAAGGAUAUGUUCAACUCGAUCGAGGCCGGUAAUUACCCAAGCUGGACCAUGUGCUUGCAAAUCAUGGAUCCCAAAGACGCUGAGUCUUACCGCUGGAACAUCUUCGAUAUCACGCAGGUCUGGCCACACAGUGAUUACCCACUCGUCCCGGUCGGACGUCUGACGCUGAAUCGAAACCCUCAAAACCAUUUCCAGGAGGUUGAGCAGGCUGCCUUUUCACCUUCAAACAUGAUUCCUGGUAUUGGUCCUAGUGCAGAUACCAUGCUUCAUGCACGGAUGUUCUCGUACCCUGACGCCGCGAGGUAUCGUGUUGGGACGAACUACCAGCAAUUACCACCAAAUGCACCCAAGUAUGCCUACAGUCCUUACCAACGGGAUGGCCCAAUGAGAUUUGAUGGGAAUUAUGGGAGUGACCCAGACUAUGUUAGGUCAUCGUUCCGCACUGUGAAAACUAGUGCAGGUGACGUCGCGCACGACGAGUGGGUUGGCCGUGUCCACGCAUACUCAUCGUCCGUCGACAACGAAAAAGACUUCGCCCAGCCUCGCAAUCUCUGGGCUAUGUACAAGAAGUCCGGCGAGGACAAAGACUUCAUCCAUAAUCUCUCGGGCCAUGUCGCGAAAGCUUUGCGAGAAGUUCAGGAGAAGACAAUUGAGAUGUGGGGUGGUGUUGAUAAGGAGAUUGGUGAGAGACUGAAGAAGGCCUUGGACGAGACGCAUAAAGGGAAGGAAGCGGAUCAUUGCUCGACUCCUGGCACGCAGAAAGCGUUGGCUACGAAUCGGAAGUAA